CUGAGGGUAGAUACAAAAACUCUAUUAUAUAGGGAACAAUCGGUCGGGGUGGCUGUGGUGACGGGGCCGGGUCGGGCAGGCGGGUCUGAAGGGGGUGUGGGAGGGUGUACUAUCGACGAGACGGGAGCUACGUCAUUUACGGCGCCACGUGGGCGAUCAAUAGUGACGUCGUCUACUCCGAGGGCUGAGUACGGAGAGGGAGGGGGAGGGACAUUGCGCGCGCACUCGCCGACCUAUUUACGAUUACGUUUCACAGUUUCACGUAGCGUUCUACGUAAGUCGAUCGAUCACGGCCAGGUCCUGGGGAGGCUCCGCGCAUGCCCCGACACACAAGCAACCAGACGUCGCACUGUAGCGUGCCCCACAUACAGCGUUCAUUCAUUGCACAAUAUUGCAUAA